CCCCUUCAGACUAGAGUUUGGUAGCUACCUGUCUGUGUCGGCGCCGUAGACCGGUUCAGAGAGUCUGGAUGCUUGUCGAGGGGGAUACAUUUGUGGCAAUUUAGUUGGACUUCGGUGGACGUCUGGACAGGCGACGUAUGCCCCAUACAAAUAUAGGGGAGUAUAGACUCGUUAUCCCCCUACGAACUGUACAUACGGUUGAAAGCGGUGCAGUUUUUACUCCCUUAACUUUGUUGUGUUCGCAUAGAACAGGAAUCGGUGGAAAGCUCUUUUAAUUUCCAUGUUGUUACAAUUAUAAUUAAAAAAAAAUUUUCUUUUAAAUAUUCGAAGAGUAUGUGAGAUGCCGAAGAACGAGAAUGGGUUUCGAUGAUCGGAUGAUUCAAUUAUGUUGAAGGCACGAUUUUAUCUUCUAUGUUUCUUCUAUGUUAUUUUUAUAGGUUCCUGUUGGAGUGAAAGAUUGUGUGUAUAUCAUAAAGAUGCUAGUGUGAAAUAUUCUGCAUUAGAAAAUUCUGAUGACGAUGAGGAAAAAGAUGGAUCUAUGUCAAUAGAAUUAUCUAAUACCAAUAAUACUCAGUUAUGUUCAGAUUCCACAAUAUACUGUUAUGCCCUGUGGACAGAAAAUGCACAGAAUAAGACCUUUAUAAUGACACAAGGAUGCUGGAGUAACAUGCAAGAUGAUUGUGGACAAUCUGAAUGUCGUGCCAGCAAAAGAUUUUCAAAAUCUUCAAAUAUCACCAAAUUCUGUUGCUGUUCUGGAAAUUUCUGUAAUGCAAAUAUUUCUGAUACAGAUGAUGUACCAUUUUCAGAUGAAUCUGAUGAUGUGCAAUCAGCUCUGCAGUUUGUUGAACAAGCUAGUUACAAUACAAAAACAGUUAUUAUUGUGUUAUCAACAAUAUUUACAGCAGUGAUAUUAGGCAUCCUAGCUUGUCUUAUCGUGAGGUGUUGGCAUACAACACAAAAGCCUAGUCCUGAUUCAAUUCAUCUAAUGGAAGCUCCACCUCCUACCACUCCAAUAUUCGAUCUUGACAGUCUAAAGAUUCAAGAUAUUAUUGGUCAAGGUCAUUAUGGCUCAGUUUGUGAGGGGUCUCUACAUAAUCAAACAGUAGCUGUAAAAAUAUUUAAUGUACAAAAUAAACAAUACUUUUUAAAUGAAAGAGACAUCUACACUCUUCCAUUUAUGGAUCAUCCAUCUCUACCUAAGUUUUUAGGUUCAGAAGAAAGAAUUGGAAGUGAUGGGAAAUUAGAAUUUCUACUAGUUCUAACCUUUGCACCACUCGGUUGUUUACACGACUAUCUUGUUAAAAAUGUGAUAGAUUGGCCUACAUUAUGCAAAAUGGCUCAAACAAUAACAAAAGGACUUUCACAUCUUCAUACUGAAAUCAAAAAAGGAGAUAAGUUAAAGAUGUGCGUUGCUCAUCGUGAUCUAACUUCACGGAAUGUGCUAGUGAAAUCUGAUGGAAGUUGUAUGCUAUGUGAUUUUGGAUUUGGUAUUAGAGUGUCUGGAUCCAAAUAUUAUCAAAAUGGUGAAAAACAAACAGCAGAAACAAGCUCUUUAGCAGAUGUUGGGACGCUACGUUACAUGGCUCCUGAAGUAUUGGAAGGUGCAGUCAAUCUAAGGGACUGUGAAUCAUCUCUGAAACAAAUAGAUGUAUAUGCUUUAGGUUUAGUUCUAUGGGAAAUAGCCACUAGAUGCAGUGAUCUAUUUCAAGGAAUGGAAGUGCCUGACUACAAAGCACCAUUUGAGGUAGAAGUAGGGUCACAUCCAACAAUGGAACAAAUGCAAGUUCUUGUUGCUCGUCAUAAAGCUAGGCCUUUAUUUCCUGACAUAUGGAAAGAUACAAAUCCAGCUGUUAGAGCACUUAAGGAAACAAUUGAAGAUUGUUGGGAUCAUGAUGCCGAAGCUCGUCUGACCGCAUUAUGUGCUGAAGAAAGACUUUUAGAAUUACCAAAUCUUUGGGAAAGACACAAAGCUGGCAUGACAGUUCCUGGAGUUAGCCCAACGGUAAAUCCUACUUCUAGUGGACAUAGUAUAGGUAUGCAUGGAGGUGUACUUUCUUCCUCUUCUAGUAGUCAAGCUACUGCAAGUACAGGGAUAACAUCUGAUUUGAGUGACAGAUUUCUUUCACAAGGUGAUAUUCCUAACAAUAUUCCUCCAAGAAGUAUAGAAAGGGCUAGUAGCAUGUCAGAGAAUACAGUGGAAACUCUGUUAACAAUGUCUCCUUCAGAAUCCAUACCUUCAGAACUCCAUUUUAAUAAUUCCAUUAUGAACACAAAAAACAAUUUAGCUAAUAAUAGUGCAAAUAAAUGUCCACGUUUGACUGUUCCUCUUCAACCUCACCAGGGACGUAAUCCCUGCAUAGAACGUAACCUAAUGAUGGAACCUUUAGAAGAAGUGUCAAUUAGUGGGAACAUGUUACUUGACAGAGGAUUGAAAUAUAAAGAACAGAGACUAACUCAGAAUCUUGCUGAUCACAAUAAUGAAACUGAUUCUUAUGAUGUUCAGAACAUGAUUGAUAGUGUUGAAAGUAAUGCCUUAGUGACUAGUGAUCUGUUAAAUCAUUCAAGUCGCAACUGUCAUCCCAUUCCUUAUUUACAGAAUGAUGUUCAUUUAACGACCAUAAUGCCAAAACAACCUAAUCUUCCUGGAAAUGGUCAUCAUUUCACAAAUGGAAAAGUUGAACAAAAACAGAAAGAGAAAUGGUGGAAAUCAUUUGGUGUAUUUGAUAGGAAAAAACACAAUGGAGCAGAACGAUCUGGAUUCAAAUCUGGACUAAAGAAUUUAUUUAGAAAAGGAAAAUCAGAUAAUCAACAGACAAUACAAAAAAAACCACUAAGUAGUAACAAUAUUUGUAUGCAUCAAAACACUACCUCUGAAUAUUCUCCAGUUGUAAAAGAAAUUUAUGUCAAUAAAUUACAAAAUUCUACAGAACCUAUUGAAACUGAAGUGUGUGUUGUUAAUAAAGGACAAAGCUGUAGUACAACUCAAACAAUGAUACGUCGAGUAACUUCUGUUCUUCCACACGGUUUCCUAGAAAAAUCUGCAGAAGUUAAAACAAAACUCUGUUCUGAAAAUAAUCUAGCUGACUCACAGCCAACAGCUGAAACGGAAAAUUUGAGUACUAUUGUGAUUCAUAAAGACAUUAAUGGAAAUUGUAGUAAUGACAUCCCAAAGAGACCAACCACAUUGCCAGUCCAAAGUUACACUGUUAAAAAUAAUGAGAACAAUCUUCAAUGUGAACAGCCCAUUGAUAAGAAAGAUAUCCAGUUGUCAAGAGGAGGAAGUAGUGGACGACAGAAAAUAGUGAAGAGGGUGAAAACUCCUUUUGAAAUUAAGAAAGGUAGAUUUUCACUUUAUGACGAUCGCAUCAUGGUCUCUGAAUCAAUGCAGGUUAAGCCAAUCGAACAUCUCGAAUUGAAUGGUGCUUCCAAAAUCUCAGUGUCUCUGCCACUGGAUAUUGACACACUUUGUGCCUCGCAAGCUGAUAGUUUCCUCCAGGAAUGUCAUCAGACCAAACAGGAAAUGGAAUAAGAAUUCCAUGUGUGAUAUUUUCUCUCUUUAGGAGUAUCUUUCUGUUUUUGUCAGAUAUGUAUUUACUAUGACAAAAACAGCCAUUUGUGUUCCUUCUUUUGAAAAUCUGAUAUUAUACUUGAUAGAGAAUAUAGCAUUGUGCUUUUAAGAUAUAUGCACAAAGUGCAGAAACUUAGUCAAAGUGCUUCAUUUGAUGUAAUUACUUUUUUUAUGCCAUAUUUUUUUUAUUAGAUGGCAGCAAUUAAAUUUUAUUGGAAAAGUUAUCAAAAGUGCUGCUUUUUUUUGCUGUAUAUUUGUUCAAGAGUAUCAUAAAAAAAUCAAAUAAUCUUCAAAUGAUUUAAGAAUAAAAGUGAUAUUCAUUUGUAAUACCACUAUUUAUAUAUGGUAUUUAUAACUUCUCUAAUUAUAAAACUAUAAUAGGGAUAAUUGUUGAUGAAAUUUUAAAAAUAUUAUGCAAAAAAUAAUAAUUUACUUUUGUAUACAUAGAUGUUUAAGUGCAGUAUUUAAAACUGUAUAUAUUUUGUUGUUGAAGUAACCAUUUGUGUUCAGAAAAUCAUAGGAAAAACUUAAGAUGCAAAAAAAAUUUUUGUAGUGUAAAGGUGCAAUAGAAAACUUCAUUAUUAAGAAAAAAUUAAUGUAACUGUAGUCUUUUUUCUGGAAUACCAUAGCAUUAACAACGUGAAGACUAUAGUAUCAAGUUGCAUCUACUAUGCACUUCAAUUAUAUGUGUAUUAGUAUAGAUUAUGAAAAAGUGAAGAUUUAAAAAGAAUUAAAAAAUCUUCAAGGUAAAUUCCAUUUAUAAUUUUCAGGAUGAUCAAAAGUGACAAAAAAUAAAUAAAUGAAAAUAUAUAAACAUGUGAAUAGUGUAAUGAGGUUGAACAAUAAUUUUUCUUCUGUCAAAUUUUAACUUGCUUACCUAGUAAAUGCUGUAUUUUACAAAUUAAUAAUUGUAUUUUGUAAAGUUGUUAUGGUAUAGAGAUAAAAAUAUUCAAAGCAGUGUAACCGGAUUAAUUUUGGCAAAAUAUCAGAUCAACUAAAGAUUUUAGUUGAUAACAAAAAAUUUUAAUGGUGAUAUUAGAUGUAAAAAGUGCAAAAACAAAAAAAAAAAACAUUGCUGUGAAAGUUUUGUUACCUGGUCAAUUGAUUUAUGGAUUAUAUAUAUAUAUAUAUAUUUUUCGUUUUGUGAAAUAUGUGAUUUAUAAGAUGCGAAUAUAUUGGCUGCGAUAUAAAAAUGAAUGUACAGAUUCAGUUGUGAAUUACAUUGGUAAUUCAAAGAAUUCAUAUUUAUAUUCAUCUAUAGUCACUUUUUUUUAAAUAAAUUAUG